GACUGCAGGCGCGAGAUAGAGAGCGGGGAUUCGAGGAACCAAUCUCGAUCCAUUUUUCCGUUCUCUUUCGAUUCAUCGAGCGAGCAGGUCCGGAUCAUUAGGGAUUUAUCAUCGGAUCGAGUUGGAAGAAUAAUGGCGAAGCAGAGGAGCGGCUGCUCCUUCCUCUACCAACUCCUCUUUGCAGGUCAAGUUAUCCAAAUUCUUGGCAUCACAGUAGGUAUCAAUUACGGGCAGAUUGCCAACAAUCUUCCCUCUCCAAAUCGAGUUGCAAGCCUACUGCAUUCCCUCAGUGUCAACAGAGUAAAGCUUUAUGAUGCUGAUCAGAAUGUUCUUAGCGCAUUCAUCAAUACUGACAUCGAGUUUGUAAUAGGAAUUGGCAACGAGAAUGUAUCAACAAUGACUGAUCCCGCAAAAGCACUUGGAUGGCUCCAACAGCAUGUCCUGCCUUACCUUCCCUAUACUAAGAUCACCUGUAUAACUGUCGGAAAUGAAAUCUUCAAAGGCAAUGACACUGUUCUCAUGGCAAAUCUUCUGCCAGCCAUGCAAUCAGUCUAUCAAGGCCUGGUUUCCCUUGGAUUGGAUAAACAAGUGAAUGUUACAAGUUCUCAUUCCCUCGAUAUGUUAGGGAACUCCUACCCUCCUUCAGCAGGCUCAUUCCGGCAAGACCUAGCAGUGUAUAUCCAGCCGAUCCUUAACUUCCAUUCAAUGACGAAAUCACCCUUCCUCAUCAAUGCUUAUCCUUAUUUUGCAUACAAAGCAAACCCUGGAACUGUCUCCCUAGACUAUGCCCUCUUCGAGCCCAAUGAGGGAGUUACUGAUCCAGUCACAAAUCUGAACUACGACAACAUGCUAUAUGCGCAGAUUGAUGCGGUUUAUUCUGCUGUCAGAGCAUUAGGACACUCUGAUAUAGAAGUCAGGAUUUCCGAGACUGGGUGGCCAUCUAGAGGGGACUCUGAUGAGGUAGGUGCAACACCAGAAAAUGCUGCAAAGUACAACGGUAAUCUGCUGCAGAGGACAGCGAUGAAACAAGGAACUCCGAUGAAUCCUACUGUUCCUGUAGAUAUAUAUGUCUUUGCAUUGUUUAAUGAAGACUUAAAGCCCGGACCAACUUCAGAAAGAAAUUACGGACUAUUUUAUCCUGAUGGAACUCCUGUUUAUAACAUUGGUUUGAAUGGAUAUCUUCCACCCAUGUUGUCUUCAAGCUUCAAGAUGAUGCCUGCUUUGAGCAUUUUUGGAAUUGCCACUGCAAUUUCGAUCCUAACCUGACAGUAUUCUCUACCGACAUCAACCGAAGUGGAUCGACAGGUAUGUAGCUGAGUUGGUACCGAUGUGACGUAACAGGAUAGAACCACCAAUGCACUUCUCGCUGUUCGUCGGUGGAUUUUGUUUCGACUCAACUCAUUUAACCAAGUAUCUUCCAUGGCAUUGUUCAGCACGAUUGCGAUUAAACUUGCAGUCACUGGGAGAUUGGGAUGCACCUUGUUAGCAUUUGAGAUAAGUGGGAGUUCUCAUGGUGCCUAAAUGGCAUGUGGAGAACGUUGCCCUGUGUGCUCCAUAGCACCAAAAGAUAUUCUAAUAAUCCCAGAAAGCCUGUUGCCUUCAUUAAUUUCCCCCUUUUUAUCAAUUUAUUCUUCUCCUGAUAUAAUUCAGAAUAAGAAUGGGUUUUCUAAUGAUCCUGGAACAAUCAGAUAGUGCAUUGUGAAUUUUAAUUUAACCCAAAUAUGCAAUAUAUCUAGCA